AUGGAGAAACUUGGACUUUUUACUUUAAUCCUUUUGAUUUCAUCUUGUCUUGCCAAAAAUUCGUACCUUGUCAUGUUCCCAAAGACAAUCCGUCCGAACCUGGACUUGAAUGUGAUUGUCCACCUUCUGGACGCCACGAAUGUUCCUGGCACCACGGUGGUGGCCAGUCUUUUAGACGACAACAAUAACACUAUCGUGUCUGAAAGGAGGAUGACAGAUUCUGUCAAUUCAACAUUGUUAUCAAUUCCUUUAAAGAUGCCUCCCAGUUUACCAUCUGGUGUGACGUAUGCUAUAAAGGUGCAAGGAGAAGGAGGGGUUAACUUCAAUAACUAUACAAAAGUGUUCCUCAAUCCCAAGACUCAUUCUGUGAUGAUCCAAACUGAUAAAGCUAUCUACAAACCUGGUCAAACAAUUCAUUUUCGUGUUUUUGGAAUUUACCCAGACAUUUCCAUUGUAAAUGAAAAUAUUGAUGUAGAAAUUUACGAUCCUACGGGAAACAAAAUUGCCCAGUGGAAGAAUAAAGUUCCUGAUAAGGGAGUGUUCACAGAUAGCCUAAUUACGUCUGAUCAUCCGGUGCUGGGGGAGUGGCAGAUCAAAGCUGUACAAGGGAAUGAGGCUCACACCAAGAUAGUGACCGUGGAUGAGUACGUAUUGCCAAAGUUUGAUGUGACACUGGAUCUUCCACCAUACGGUCUGAGCAACAGAAGCUUAACGGGAAUAAAAGUUACUUCCAAGUACACGUUUGGUAAACCAGUAAAAGGGAUUGUAGACAUAAGAAUCCGUUCCCCAUACACCGACUAUUUGUCAACAUACCAGCAGCUCAGAAAAUGCCAGGGUUAUAUUGAUGAAAUUUUUCAUAGUGCUCCAAUAAAUGGAGAGUAUAAAUUUGAUGUUGAAAAGACAAAACUGACGACCCUGAUGGAGAAUUUAGGAUACAGAUUAGACUAUGGAAGUCUCGCCAUUGAAGUGAAUGUAACUGAAUCGAUAACUGGUUUACGUCAAGGCGCCUCCGGAACUAUCACAUUCUAUCCAUUUGAAAACAAAUUAAAGUUUCUUAACUCUCUUCCUUUUACAUUCAAACCUGGACUUAACUACACGGUUCUGGGUAGGCUGACCCGACAAGAUAAUUCAAUAGUUUCCCUCCCAACUGCUUCAAGAGUAAAGCUGACUAUUACCCAAACCCUCCCUCUCCCCUCCUCCAGUAUCUCCUCCUCCAACUCUACGUCUGACCGUUUGUCAGAAUUAGGCUUACCUCCUGAAAUUACGAUAAACAACAUCACUAAAGAAACCACAUCAAUAGAACCAGAGACGGAUGAUCAAACCUUGAUUCCAGUCUUUCUCGACAUUGACGCCAGUGGAUUUUUUAAAUAUGAAAUGACCAUUCCAGACAAAGUCGCAAAAAUAUUUUUAAAAGCCGAGUACAAUGGUGUGUUUUCUUACCGUAGUCUGCAGCUCAGUAAAUCCCCUAGUAACAACUUCAUGCAAGUUAGACUUCUUAACACAGACGUCAAACCAAAGACAGGAUCUAUCUCAACAUUUGAAAUAAGGACCACUGAAUUUACUUCCAAAAUAUACUAUCAAAUUCUUUCAAAAGGCCAGGUUGUCAUAUUAGAAGAUUUGGAUAUGCAGUUUUCAAAAUUGAAGAAAUUUAACUUAUCAAUAACACAGGAGAUGGUGCCGAAGGCUCGUCUUCUCGUCUAUUAUAUCAGAGAGGAAGGGGAAAUCGUCACAGACGCUAUUAGCUUUGAUGUUGAUGGAAUAUUUGAAAACAAGGUAGAAAUAGACUUUGACGUGCAGGAGACACGCCCUGGAAAAGAAGUUGUGGUAUCUGUCAAAGCGGAUCCCGAUUCUACAGUUCAUUUGUUGGCGGUGGAUAAGAGUGUUCUGAUUUUACACAGUGACAAUGACAUUCAAGAAAGCAGGGUGAAAGAUGAUGUGAACAGUUACGACCAGGAUUGUUCGGGUUAUAUCUUGGGAUCCUGUGUUCGAUAUGGAUUUGGGAUGUUACCCAUGCUCUCUGGAGCAGAAGAUGCCUAUGAAUUGUUCAAACAAAACGGUUUGGCUGUUCUUACGGACGCAAUAGUUUAUCACUACGUGGAACCUAGGCCCGUGGAAAUGGCAGCUUUAAUGAUGAGAUCGGGGAGGAGAGUGCUUCAUUCGACAAUAGGGCCAGAAACACGUGUUCGAAGGUUAUUUCCAGAAACCUGGCUUUGGCUGAAUAAGACUUUAGACGCGGACGGUAUGACGUCACUCAGUGUUCCUGUACCUGAUACUAUAACUACUUGGGUCGCUACAGCUUUUGCUGUCAAUCCUAAGUCUGGAUUGGGUCUAACCCCGACUCAAGCUAAUCUUAAAGUAUUCCAACCAUUCUUUGUGAGCUUGACCAUGCCAUACCUUGUAACGCGAGGGGAGCUGGUGGUCCUCCAGGCCAAUGUCUUUAACUAUCUGAAUCACGAUAUCAGGGUUCUCGUUAUUAUUGAUAAAAAUGAAGCUUUCAAGAACAUUGUGACCUACGUACAAGACAACCAAGUCAAAUCUGGGAGAUUUCCAACCAAAAUAGGACGUACAUUCAAUAUGGCACCUGGGGAGAUCUAUCCUGUAUAUUUUCCUAUUAUUCCUUCUGAGGUUGGUGAUUUUAAGAUUAACAUCACCGCCACCGCAACAGGUGCUAGUGAUGCCAUUAUUCGGACUCUCAAAGUGGAGCCCGAGGGAGUAGAGAAGGAAUUUAACAAUCCUGUGUUGAUAAAAACUGGAAAUAGUGGAAUAUACUCUGAAGAUGUUGCAAUAUCAUUUCCACCAAACACUGUGAACGGAUCAAGGCGUAUCAGAGCAUCAGUUAUUGGAGAUUUGAUGGGUUCAUCCAUCAAUGGAGUAGACUCCCUGCUGAGAAUGCCAUAUGGAUGUGGAGAACAAAACAUGCUGAACUUUGCUCCAAAUAUCUUCGUGCAGAAAUAUCUUACAAUCACAAAUAAUCUCACUCCAAACCUAGAAAAGAAAGCUAAAGAAUACAUGAUCAAAGGUUACCAGCGGCAAAUGACAUACGUCCAUGCUGACGGAUCAUACAGCGCUUUUGGAAAGAGUGACGCUUCAGGCAGUACUUGGUUGACUGCUUUUGUCGUGAAGUCGUUCUCUCAGGCUUUGGGUUUUAUCACCAUUGAUGAGAAUGUCGUAAAGAAAGCCGUGACGUGGCUUGUCUCUCAACAGAACGAAAAUGGAACAUUUAGAGAACCAGGCAGAGUCCUAAACAAUAGAAUGCAGGGUGGUUCAGCAGCAGGCGAGAGGCCUCUCGCUGCGUUUUCUCUUAUUGCUCUCAAAGAAGCCGAGAUCAUAAAAGGGGUGUCGAAGUUGACAAGUAAAGCAAUACAGAAAGCAAGGACCUACCUGGAAAAUGAUAUAGAUCUAAUGGAUGAUGUAUACGAAUUAGCCCUCGUUAGAUACGCCUUAAUAAUAAGUAACAGCUCAAGAGUCAACGAAGUGACUAACAAACUCAAUGAUAAAGCAAAUGAGAAAGAUGGACUAAAACAUUGGUCCAAACCAGAGACUGACAACCAGUGGAAGGGAUGGGCUCCUCUUAAAGACCAGGCCAAGGCAGUUGAUAUAGAAACCACAGCAUAUGCUCUUUUGGGUCUGGCAAUAAAUAAAGACUUAGAAGGAGGGUUACCUGUUCUCAAGUGGAUUACCUCCCAGCGUAACCCUGGAGGAGGAUUUGCGUCAACACAAGACACUAUCGUGGCGCUGCAGGCUUUAGCAGAAUUUGCUACAAUGGUAUACUACCCAACCUUGAGCAUGCGAGUGAGACUGACAAGCAAAACACCAGGUGCAUCAUUCCAGCACGAAUUUAAAGUUACUCAAGACAACGCCCUCAUUCUCCAGACCACAGACAUUCCCUUGGAAGUGAAAAACCUUGAGGUCAUGGCGGAGGGAUCCGGCGUAGCUUUAGCUGAGAUAUCAACGUACUUCAACAUUAAUGACGACAUUGAAGCUUCUUCUUUUGACGUUAAUGUGACACUUACCGAUGAAACACAAAAAGGGUUCACAGUAAAAAUUUGUGGAAGAUGGCUUAAGGAAGGUCAUUCCGGAAUGUCUAUGAUGGAUAUCGGAAUACCCUCUGGUAUGUCGCCCGAUCUGGAUACACUGGAUACUUCUAAAGCUCCCAUGUACAAACGUAAUGAGAUGGGUCAUAGGAAAUUAUCCUUAUAUUUUGACGAGUUUGACAGUCAGGCCCAGUGUGCCUCUGUAUACAUGGCCAACACGGAUAAAGUAGCAGAGAAGCAGCCAUCUGUCAUUAGACUCUAUGAUUAUUACGAACCUAAGAAUCAAGCUACCACAUUUUACUUGUCAAAGGUUUUGGCGGGCUCGGGUCUUUGCGAUGUGUGUGGUAGGGAAUGCUUCUGUGCAGACAAGCAAACAAGUCUUAUAAAUAUGGCAAUCGACACAUUGGUGCAAUAAUUGUUUCCACUACUCGAAGCUAGAAGUGAAAUCCUUGUA